CCAAUGUGCACGCGGUAAUUUUGUAAACAAAAAUAUAUAAAUAAUGACAAGCAUGGCUGAAAAAAGUUAUGCGGCUGAAGCUCGAUACACGAACUUUUAUGCCGGCAGCGAUAUUGCAUGGAGCGAAGAUGGUCAGCUUCUUUAUUGUUUGAAUGGCGAUGUUGUAAAUCAGGUGGACGUGAAAACAUCUCAAGUUCUGCACAGCUUUGGAGCCAACGUUAGCAAGAGCAACAAUGAUCAGGCUAAAACCAGACAGGAAGAUGUUGACGUCGAUGAGGAUAAUAUUUAUUGCUUUGCCCUGUCACGGGAGCAUUUGGUUGCCGCACACGGAAGUGGUUUACUCCGCCUGUGGGAGCUGAGCACCCAGAAGCUGAUCAAGCUGUGGAAGAGCCAGCACAAGGGUCCCGUUGUUUGCAUCGAGUUUAGUCCAGCCGGCAAACUAAUUUGUACCACUGGCGGAGCAGAUGCCACAAUAAGACUCUGGGAUUUCGCGAAUAAUAGUUGUCUGUGCGCCCUCAAAGAUUACCCCGGCCCGGCGCUCCUAUUGCGCUUCCAUCCCAGUCCCUUAAAGAGUGAAAUCUUUGCCGUCGGCUCUGAUAAUACGAUCUAUUGUUGGAACUACGAGACGAAGGCAUUGCUGCAUAAGAUGCGUGGUCACAUCUCCCAAGUGACUGGACUAAGUUUUCAGACCACUGAUUCCGGAUGUCAAUUGGCAAGUGUUAGUCGUGAUAAGGUGCUAAUCGUUUGGCAGCUGGAUCUGGAGGCCAAACAAUUAAAGGUUAUACCACUCUAUGAGGAACUGGAAGGCGUAAGCCACAUAACAAAUGGUGCACAGCUGCUCGUCGCCUGUGGCUCGGGCAAACUGCUCCAACUAGAUACAAAAACGUGGAAGAUGAAGGACCUGCUGACCACAACAGAUUUUCAAAUAAGUCGACUACUCUACUGUCACAAAGAAGAACAAUUAACGCUGGUGACAACCGAACAAAACAUGAUUAUUUAUAAUGUUAAAACAAGCGAAAAGGAAGCUGUCAACUUGGAACUGUUCAAGCAGCUGGUUGGCUACAAUGAUGAGAUCCUGGACAUGUGUUUUCUAGGUGACAACGAUCGCUAUUUGGCUGUGGCAACAAAUAGCAAACACUUCAAGGUCUACGAUACAGAACAGAAUAUGAAUUGUCGAUUGAUUUGUGGACACUCAGAUAUAGUGAUGUCAUUGGCUGCAUCACACCAUCUGCUCAUCUCGGUAGGCAAGGAUUGCAGCAUACAUCUGUGGAAAUUGUCGCAUACGAGCGACGAGGAUAGCCUGCUCCAGCCGCUGAUACAACAAAACAAUUGCCACACGGCCACAAUUGGUUGUGUUGCUUUCACCCAUCACGGAGCGACGGGAUUUGCCUCUGCCUGCCAGGAUGGCAGCAUGAAAGUGUGGCAAUUGACGCGUGACAAACAGGAGCGCAACAAUUAUGCCUUCUCCCUGAGAUAUGCAGCCUUGGCGCAUGACAAGGAGGUUAAUUGUGUGACCUAUGCACUAAAUAAUAAAAUACUGGCCACUGCAUCACAGGAUAAGACGGCAAAGAUCUGGACAGCUGAUUCGAAUGUGCUGCUCGGCGUGUUGCGUGGACAUACGCGAGGUGUUUGGUGUGUCCGGUUCUCGCCCGUCGAUCAGAUUGUGCUGACCUCAUCGUCGGAUUGUAGUCUAAGGAUUUGGUCCAUUGCGAAUUUUAGUUGCCUGAAACGCAUGGAACAGGAGUGCACCAUAUUGCGUGUGGAGUUCCUCGAUCAUGGCAAAUUCAUAUUGUCGGCUGCAUCGGAUGGUCUGCUCAAGCUGUGGAACAUCAAGACCAACCUCUGUGUCCAAUCCAUCGAUGAGCAUAGCGAUCGUGUCUGGUCUAUCGCUGUUUCUGCCUGCAGCAAUCGUUUCUUCUAUACGGGUGGUGCUGAUUCCAAGCUGAUACGCUUUGCCGACAUCACUGAUACUGUGCGAAAUGAGGCACUCGACCAGCGACAGGCGAUGUUACAACAGGAACAGACACUCCAAUCGCUGUUGCACGCCCAGCAGCAGCUGGAAAAGGCAUUUAUGCUUGCCUUGACGUUGAACAAACCAAAAGCCUCCUACGACAUCAUUUGUCAUUUUGUUAAGAAACGAGAUGCUGCCGCCGUCCAUCAAUUGGUGGAUCAAUUGAAUAUGGAUCAGAGAUUGUCGUUGCUGCAGCAUGUGAAAGCCUGGGGCACCAAUUCUCGACACUCGUACAUUGCCAACCUGGUGCUGCAGCAUUUGUUGGGCGAUGCAUUGCUCAACACGGAACAUAAAUUAUACAAUAACGGCAAUUUGGUCGAGGUCCUAACUCCCUAUGUGCAGCGUCACUUCAAGCGGGUAUCUGAGCUAAGCAAGGAUCUCGCCUUCAUGGAGUUCAUUGUGAAGUGCAUGUAAAUUAUCAAUUUAUUAUUUCGAUUUAAGCUGCAAAUAAACACUGAAUUAAAUAAAUAUUAUUUUCAUAUUUUGAUUGAAUACAAGAAUGCAUAUAGAA